UCUUUUGUCUAUCUCCGAACAACCCGCGUCGUACAGUCACAGAAAAUCGUAGCAUAACUAUGUCAUCCCAUGGUCGCGACCGAAGCGUGUCCGGCGAGAUAGAGGAGUCCGAGUUGGGCUCAGCUCACGAGAAUGAAGGUUCACAGGAACCGUCAUCUAGCAAACCAGGCCGCAAGAAAAAUCCAAACUCACAGGCCGCACGGCGCGACCAGAACAGAAUCGCCCAACGCGAGUUUCGUCUGCGCAAACAACAGCGUAUCCGUGACCUCGAAGCUCGUGUCGAGAUCCUUUCAGGAGGCAAAGAUGAGGCUCUUGGAGAAAUGAGGAAGAUUCUCAAGGGUGCGUGCUUUUGUCUAGCUCGGUUCCUCUACUUUGUCGAACACCUCCCGUCAGAUUUGAUGGCUGAGAACCAGACACUCCGUAAUCUCCUCCGGAGCCUCGGAGGGUUCAUUGGUGAUGGUGCUGGCGGGCUCCUCCCAAAACUCGGCUGGAACUUGCAGGAUUUUGAGCAUUUUAUCAACAAGUCCGAAACCGACACAGCAUUCGAAGGAUACCAAGCACGUAAACAAGCUGCUACCGUCACUGGUUCGUCUGGAUCAGGAAGUAACGCCAGGAAACGCACCUCUGAAGACGAUGCUGGCGCGAGUAAUGCGAAACGCUCUCGGGGACCAGGCGACCGAGAUGAUGGCAGUUUUCCCGCUAUCAUGCCCAUGGAUCCCGUCACCUCUGGAAGCGGCCUAUAUCCACCAUCCACUCGUUCUCCGCAUGAGAGCAGUCUUUUCACGGACCUGAUGCGUGGUUCGAAUGGAUCACCCCUAUUUACUCAUUCUUCUUCCUCAACUUAUGGGGGCACACCUCAACUACCUCCACCACCGGGCGUCUUUCCUCCGCCCUACAUGGGCUCUGUCGGUCUGAACGUAGACGGCCCUAUGGGGAUGCCGUAUUCCACUAGUGGCGCUCAACAGUCAUCUCAGCGACUGUCUCCGCCCAUACCUACCCCGGUUGAAGACGUGCGUGAUUUGGACCCGAAACACGAGGAGGCUCAAAAGCUGAUUUCUUAUCAUCUGGACAAUUACAAGCGCAACAGCGGUUACCACCUCCCGGCCUCUCUGCGUCCGACUUUGGUUCAGAGAACUGUUCCUCAUGAGAGCGUUAUCGACAGAAUUGUGCAUCCUGAUUUGCGUGAUAGACUGAUACUUUUGCGAGGACGCUUUAGUUUAGUGGAUUGCAUCCAUGACUAUGGCCUUGCAGUUACCAUUCACGGAGAUGACGUCCUUGCUCACGCAAACUGGGAAAUCAACGAGUCGUGGUUGAAGAAAUAUGGGUUUCUUCUCGAGCAAAAUACGUUGAACAUAUGCAACAGAUGGAGGAGAGACAGAGGUUUGCAGGAGUUGAGCCUCCGUGACAUCGCUCCCAACGAAUCUCAGGCGAGUAUGUGAGAGUUACGCGGGACGUAGAACAGGCCCGUGGGGAUCGUUAUGUCUAGCGUUUAUGGGUCACUGUGGGCUCGGGCAGCCUAUGGGCUAAGUGUGAUUUUGUACGGUAUGUAAAGUCGGACUACUGUAGUACCAGCACGGAAUAUAAAACCAUUAUUGGGUUCUGGGAUUAUGUCCUUGCCUUUACCACGAGGCUUUCUUAACUCCAGGGAUGAGGUUCUGACGUGCUUGGUCGCGGAAUUUAUGCCUGCACAACGCGAAUUCCCCAAUAAUACCUCUGCCUCUCCCUGUCUCUGCACACCUGUUCUUGACAACAGUAGGGUGCGUGUACCUGUCGAACGUGUUCAGCUGGAGUUGAGCCUGAUACCGGACUUGAGGAGGGAGAGUUUGGUUGCGGGCCACGAAGAGGUAAGCGCGGCGGACGACUUCGGUAUUGGCCACGCCUCUUCGUGCCUUCAUAUCGCGAGUAAGAUGGACGUUCCACUUCAUGGCUUGGGCACCGUGGGAGAAAACGAGUACGGCAGCAAGACGGUGGUGGU